UACCAUGUGUGACUGUUGUUGAAGUAUUCAAGGGCUGAGACGUCUCACAAUAUAUUUUAUUAGAAAUUAUAUGAAUCGUUUGAUGUCAUGAAGUUUUAUCUGUGAAUAUUAGUGGAGAAAUAGUCAGGCAACUUUUGAAUCAAAGAAAACGUUGAGCAGUUGAUUAUAUGAUGAUUUACAUCAGCUUGAACAACACCAAAGUUUGUCCCAGAAUUGAAAAAAAAGUAGAAUUAAAGAUAAUGAAAUAAUUAAUGAUUCCAUCAGAAUUAACAAUGUUAUUUAAAUCUUUUAGACCAUAUCCUUUCAUAAGACAGUGUUCAAAAUGUAUUACCAUUGCACAAAAUAAUAGACGAUUAGUUCUGCCCCCAGGACAUAGAAAAAUCCAUUCAGUGACCAGCUCUCGGUCUGUUUUAAAACCUGUGCAACUGUGCUCUGUCCAGCAGCCCAUUUUUUGGACAGGAAUCCGAACAAUUCAAUUUGGUACUGAUGUGAAUUUAAAACAAACUGCUAAAAUGAUAACAGCCAAACGACCAACAAGAAGAAAACCAUCAAGUGGCCUUGGUGACCAGGAGAUGCUUAAAGUGACAGCAUAUGCAGUAGGAGAAGAAAUAUAUUUAGAUGAAUUACGGAAAGCCUUAGAAAUUCAAGGUUUAUAUAAUCAAUUAGAAUUACCUGCAGAUGUUGAUAAUGCCAUCUAUGUGAAAGCUAAUUAUGCUGUGAAUGGAAAUAGCAGAGAAAUUUUUUUUUUUAAAGAAGGGUCGGUUGUAUUUUGGAAUUUACCUACCACUGAGAGAAAUGAAGUUAUACGAUUUGUACAGAAACAUUGUGAAGACCCAUAUGAUAUUAGUCUUUCACUGCAUGAAAAUGAACGAAUGGAAUUUCAACUUUCUGAAGGAAUAACAGAUCUAUCCGGAGAUAAAAUUAAUUUAUGUACUGUCAAUAAAACUAAUGAAGAAUUAAAUCUAGAGAAAUAUACCUGUUCAAAUGCCUUAACACAAUCAGUAAAAUUAGCAAUUUGGGAAGCUUCUUUAGAAACCUUUAUAUCUUCUAUUGAACAAGUUACAGAGGAUCUACGAGAUGGGAAAAAAAUCAAAAUGUCAAGAAGAGACGUGCUACGAAAAACAGGAGAACUUUUUGCUUUACGGCAUGAAAUAAAUCUGAGUUCUGAUUUACUGGAUACACCCGACUUUUACUGGGAUCGAGAUAUAUUAGAAACUUUAUAUCAACGUGUUUGUAAUCAUCUUAUUAUAGCCAGAAGAACUAAGGUUUUAAAUGAAAGAAUAAAACAUUGUUGUGAAUUAACCGAAUUAUUAAGUAGUCAUUUAAAUGAUACACAUCAUGUUAGAUUAGAAUGGAUGAUUAUAGUACUUAUUAUGGUAGAGGUUGUGUUCGAGACGGUACAUUACAUGGACAGAUAUUUCAGUAGAUUCGAGGAGACUGCUCAAGAAAAUAUUGAGUCUACAUCGGAUAUUAAAUAAUAUCCAUAAUAUAAUAAUACCAUAGUGUGAUAUACUAACUUUAUUAAAUAGUGUGAUAUUAUAUCAUAGAUAGUGUUGGAGAAAUUAAG